AUGUCAACACCACGUUUUCUCGUCCUUUCCAUAGGCAACCCUCUCGCCAUCUACAAUUGUCUUCACUCUGCCGGCCAUUUCGCCCUCCAAUCUUUCCAGAAACUGUUAGCUCCCAAUCAGCCAUCCUGGACACCAGAAAGCCAUGGUCGUCAACCAUGUCUAACAUCUACAGGCCAGCCGUACAUGUUGAUACAGAGCCCAACUCUCAUGAACGCUUCUGGUCCCUGGGUAUCCGACGUAUGGCACGAAACUUUGGAGAAGUUUUCCCUGAAACCAGCUGACCUCGGUCUGGUCGUUGUACAUGAUGAGCUGGAGGAUGGUCUUGGUUACACCCGUCUUCGGUCCUGGAACACGAGCCACAAAGGCAACAAUGGUGUCAAAAGCAUCAAAGCUCAUCUCAACAAACAGGAACAUGCGGAUGCCAAGUGGUGGCGUAUAUCGGUCGGCAUCGACAGGCCACCGAGUCGGGAACCCGAAGUGGUUGCCGAAUACGUACUGCGGCAGAUUUCAAAGGAGCAGAAGGACGUCAUCGAGGAGCAAGCCGGUUCUCGGAUUCUGUCAUGUCUUCAAAAGCUCGAACAGGGUUGGAAAUAA